UUUACAGACAAUUUCAGGAAUGCCAUCGUCCCUUCGUUUUCUGCUUAGUUUGCAGCAGUUUCUCCAUGUUCUCUGCCAGCUCUUUUAUUCGGCUUAGCUGUUCUCUCCUUGCCUGCGAUUUAUUUGGUGCUGGGUUGCCUCUCCUCAGUUGAGGUUUUCUCCUGGUUUGGGUUUUGGAGAAAGAGAUUCAUUUUUAAUUUAUAUAUUGAUGGUUCCUCGAAAAGACGUGGCGGGCAUAGUUUUUUUUACAGUAAAAAUCAUUUUUUUUUUCAAAUUGUUGGUUGCUUUUCUCAAGUCAAGACUGGGAUUUGUUCGCAUAGCUAUGGAGAAGGGAUGUGAUACAGUGCCAGUUUGUGGCUUUGGUCAGACUGAAAUCAAUAAAUGGUGGAAGCCUAAUGCCGAUUUGAUCCUGCAAAUUGGUAGAGCAAUAAGGGUUGCGCCUAUCAUCUUCCGGGGAAUCUGUGGAAAUGGGGUGGAUCGGAGAGCAAGUAGAUUCAGUCAAGUCUAUUCAAUUCAGACAGUUUAUCACUCAGACCGGCAUGAUUGUUACAUCGACACUAAUUUUAUGGAAAGGAUUGAUGUGUGUAACUGGUAGCGAGUCACCUGUAGUUGUGGUCUUUCAGGAAGCAUGGAGCCUCGCUUUAAGAGAUCAAAUGCGGUCACCUACGAUGAAGGUUGUGCUCCUAAAUUACAGGACAAACUGUACUUGGGAGAUGCAAUUUCUGAUUUCCCAGCAGUGGACAAUAAUGAACCCCGUGACGAGAUGCCUUAUGGAACUGAUCCAAAAACCGAGUUUCAGAAGUUCAUCAGAUUAAGGAAAGAAAUAAUCCAAGUAAUAAUAAGCAUAUGAUAUAUCUUUCUGACAAUUUGUGUUGGUUUGCAUUUUAAGCCUUUCUUUAUUAUCUAUUUAAUUGAACUCCCAGUCCUUUUAAAUGAUUGGCGUCAAUAAUUUUAUGAUGGAAUUGUGGAUUACUUAUGUAUGAAUUCAUCCCGGUAUAUUAUUAUAAUGGCUUUGCUACAGAGUAGCGGCAAUGGUGUGCACCGGUGACUGCAAUCCAGUGCCUAUUGCUAAAAUUAGAAAACCAAGUUCAGGGGAAGAUACAUACUGGAAGGGAAACAAACUUCCUGGAUCAAAACACAAUCAAGAAGAAACCGGACACCUGUAAAACAAGUCGGUUAAUAUAUAUGUUACAUGAAUUCUUUCAACAAAUGAAGGAAGAACACCAUCGAUGAUUCUGACACUCAACUCAGACGACAAUCUCUUUUUAGACCUUUUUAUCAGAGUAACUUGUAGAGAAAACGGACUGUGAUCUACUGGAUAUGCCGAAAGAUUGAUUAAUGGUGAAUCACAGGAGGUGCUAUUGGGAUGGGAAGUGCAGAGGGACAUGUAAAUGCACAUAAGAAGAAUGACAAAAUGAGAAAUGUGUGGUAAAUUAGAUGAAGAUAGAGACCAGACUAGAGGGAGCCUGAUAUUUUCACUCCUUUAGUGAAUGAUCUCAUUGUUAGUUUUGGAAGAAGUCGCUUAACCAUACAUUUUGUUUUUGUCAGAAUCAAAUAAUAUUGACCGCUUAAAAAGUGUUUCCUCUUGUAUGGGGUUGCAAAUUCCAGAGUAUCCACAGUAGUUAUAACUGCAGGAUGUAGGCCUAUACGAUGAUUUCAUAUAUGUUUACUCUUUUUGCGCUUAAGAUCUCUCA